UUUGCGUCGAAUGCUUUAUUUGUACGCGAAUACUAAAAAAAAAUCUGUAAAUGUAAUAUAAAUUCUGUUUGAUCCGACAAUCUGUCCUUGUCUUGGAAGAAAAAAAAAAGUUGACUGCUAAGGUUUCAUCGUAUAAAUUCUGUUUGGACCGACGAUCUGUUGUUGCCUUGAAAGAAAAAAAAAAUCCUUUUUUAAGUAGAUCAUCAACCUGGUCGGCAACAGUUGAGUGUAGCAGUCAAAACAAAAUGGGGAGUUGCAACACCAAGAUUGACCAGAGAAAGGAGAAUACCGGAGAAGAAGAGAUUGGCUUUGAUAAUGAUGAGCAGGGUGUUUCAUUGAAUGAACUACCCGAAGUGUGCAUAGCCAACAUUCUGUCUGCCACCACCCCUGCUGAUGCUUCCAGAUUCGCCUGCCUUUCUUCUACUUUCAGAUCGGCUGCUGAUUCCGAUAGCGUCUGGAAAAGUUUCCUGCCGUCUGAUUAUCUGACCAUUUUAUCAGAAUCAAGGGCUCUUCAGGCCGACUCCUCUUCCCUCACUUUCUCCUCCAAGAAACACCUCUUUUUCUACCUUUCUCAUAAUCCUAUCCUUAUUGAUCAAGGCAGAAAGAGUUUUUCACUAGACAAAUGGAGUGGCAAGAAAAGCUAUAUGAUUGCUUCAAGAGAUUUAUUGAUUACAUGGGGAGGUACACCGGCUCAUUGGAAUUGGAUUUCCCAUCCUGAAUCCAGGUUUAAGGAGGUGGCCAAGCUGAAUUAUGUGUGGUGGCUUGAAAUCCGUGGCAAGAUUAGUACCUCCAAGCUGUCACUAGAUACAAACUAUGCAGCUUACCUUGUAUUCAAGAUGGGAAUAGGAGCCUUCGGCUUUGAAUACCAUCCCGCAAAGGUUGAACUAACACUUGGAGUUGAUGAAAUUUGUAGAAAAUAUGUUCUUCUAGACCCCAUGAUUCAGAGGCAUCGUCGAUGGUAUAAGCUUAAAUUGAUAUACCUUAGUGUCAUGUCCAGUUUGGAACGUCCAAAGGAGAGAACAGAUGGGUGGUUAGAAAUUGAGUUAGGUGCCUUCUACAAUAGAUAUGGAGUAGAUGAACUGAAGAUGAGUAUCAUGGAGGUUAAGGCUGGCGUUGAAAAGGGUGGCCUUGUCGUUCAAGGGAUUGAGAUUAGGCCUAAAGUGGAUAAGUGCAGUCUAAAUGGUACUAAGUAUAUAUUUGUUUCCGCUUUUUGAUGCAUACUUGGACUU